UAGGUGUGCCUUUACUGCUGUACCGAAAAUAAGUAACGUUCGUUCAGAGUCAUGAUACACCUGUUUUAGUUAGUUUAUAUGACUAUGAAGACAUUUCGACAAGGCAGGAAAAAGCGACAGAACGCUGUCAAAGGCGAAAUCGAACUACCAUUGUUUCCCAGGAACCAGAUUUCUGGCCAGCAUUGAAGUUUCCAGACGCAUCUAGAUAGCGUAUAGCACCGUUAGUAUUAGGCUUAGCGUGAUUUUCUUUAUUUAUUGUUACCUUUGUUACUCUGUUGCGGUGCGGGCGCAAAAGUAGGCGACGAGACCUACACUGUAAUCCAGAGAUUUCGGUGGCAAUGACACACAAUUGCCGCUAGAGGGCAAUUAAAUUCUUACUCCCUCCGAAAAAAGGAGAUUUGAGCACCGCUGUUCCAAGCGCCAUCUGUCACUUGUUUUUGGUAGCAUAAGCCAAGGCAAACAUUUGCUUCUGAAAAAAAGAAGAACAAGUCGAGCAACAUCUUGCUCCCAUACGAUUAAAAUAUGGAUCCGUAAAGAAAAGGGCCGGGAAGACGUGGCGUAAGAGUGGGGGAAAUUUGAUUUUAAAAAAGAAGAAACAAGCUUUGUUUUCCAUGUCAGAGAGCUGGUUCAGACCCAACCCAGAACACAUCUCUGCUUACUGAACCAUGGAGUCCCAGAUUGUGGGCGUGGUGUCAGCAGUGCAUUGAUUGAUUGAUUGAUUGACAGGUGCCCCCUCAUGCCCAUCCGUGGCUGUCCUUUCAAAAGCCAGAGAACACUAAUCACACACCCCCACACGUGCACGCUCACCCACACACGUGCACACACACCCCCACACGUGCAUGCUCACACUCACACUAGACCUCUAAAGCAAAACCUGGGACCUCUCUCUCUCUCUUGAACACACACACGCACUCACUCACACUCACACUCACACUCACACACGCACUCACUCACUCACACACACAGGCACGCACGCGUGCACACGCUCGCACUCACUCUCCUGACCGCAGGACGAUGGCGGGAGUUCGGCCGUACGGCUGCUUCACGCACGCCGUGGUCCGUGGCAUCCCAGAAUCCUUUGGGGGCACGGCGGAGGGGGGCGACACUAACGGGGGGUGUGUGACGGAGCUGGCCAAGGCGCAGCGGCAGUUCGGCAUGCUGACGGGGGCCCUGCGGCAGAAAGUGGGGCUCCAGCUGAUCGAGAUCCCCCCGGACCCCGCCCUCCCCGACAGCUGGAGGCUGGAGGACCUGGCCGUCGUCCAGGGAGACACGGCGCUCGUCACGCGGCCAUGGCAACAGCAGCGGCGCAGUGAGGCGGAGGCGGUGAGGAGAGUGCUGUCGGAGCUGAACCUGACGGUGGUGGAGAUGGGGGGGGAGGAGGGGGGCUCCGGGGGGGCCACACUGGAGGGCAGCGACGUGCUCUUCACCGGGAAAGAGUUCUUCGUGGGAAUCUCCCCCCACACCAACCACCGAGGGGCUGAAGUGCUGGCUGACACCUUCCGGGACUUUGCCGUGUCCACUGUGCCGGUGUGUGGGGGCACUCGCCUGAAGAACAUCUGCUCCAUGGGGGGUCCUGACACCAUCGUCAUCAGCAACAGUGAAGGAGCGAAGAAAACUCUGAGGAUGAUGGAGCAGCUGACGGACCAUCACUACGAGGUGCUCACCGUCCCCGAAGACGCCGCCGCCAACUGCAUCUACAUCAGGGGCCCGUCCAAGGCGCACUUCCUCCUGCACCGGACGGCAGACGAGUGUCCCGACAGCGCCCCCGCCUUCCAGAAGCUGACAGACUACACACUCCUGCCCACUGCCUGCACUGAGGCCUCCAAGCUCGGGGGGGCGCUGUCCUCUUUCUGUCUGCUUAUCAAUCGCAAGCCACAGCUUUAAAUAUUCUGCCAGCACCCCCCCCCCCCCCAAAACUACAGUUCGGAAACAGCUUACUUGCCUACUAUUGAGUACUGUGUGCUCAAUAGUAGGCAAGUAAACUGUUUCCGACACGGCCGUGAUCUUCUAGCCAAUCAGAACGGCCGGUGCAGUUUACAUUCCGAAUAGACUAUGACAUCAUAGUGCCUCGUUCUCUUGACCUGUGUUUCCCAGCCUUUUUCCUGUGAGGUCACACAUUCUGUAAUUAGAGAAUUCCACGGCGCACCGCUGUCCCAUUAACCACUAAAAAGGUCACACAAGGUCACACACACACAGGUUCAGCUGUGGUGAAAUUUGAACCUUAUCAAUGGUGCACCCAGUAAACAAAUGUGCCACACACAAUUGUAAUAUACAUUACGUACUUGAGCUUACGCCAGCUGUCGCCAAUCAACAUGCAGCAUGAAUGGAAUUAGAAAUUAAAAGCGAGCUUUGCUGGCCAAUGUACUGAAUGGAUACAGGGCAAAGAGUGAUCCAAAUUAAACUGUAAGAGAAAUGCCACCCUUUAGACUAGCUUAGCGCCUUGAAAAUGGAGAGUUGUUGCUUGGCCCUGAGUUUUGGUUUGUUUAAACAAGCUAGCUAACAUUAGGUCAUCUACGGUAACAUGUUGAAAGAUGCUUAUCCCUCCUGUUUCCUGAGAGAUGUUCCAAAAAAAAAAAAAAAAUUCAAGGUUCUCUCCUGCUACGGUCUCCUGUUGCUGCAGUUGACGUGAGCACAAGGUUUUAUCAGUUUCACUGCCUCGCUGCUGAAUCCGUGCAGUAAAACGAUCAGCAUUGUUGUUGAAAAACACCGCACACAGAUGCGGGAGAGAUAGCAGACUAGCGGUGUGACUUCCGUUUGAG